AUGAGACUCUCCAAACCCCUCACUUUCUUGCUUUGGCACCUGGCUUGGCUGGACCUGGAAUUUAUCUGCACUGUGUUGGGGGCCCCUGACUUGGGCCAGAGACCCCAGGGGACCAGGCCAGGAUUGGCCAAAGCAGAAGCCAAAGAGAGGCCCCCUCUGGCCCGGAACGUAUUCAGGCCAGGGGGUCACAGCUAUGGUGGGGGAGCCACCAAUGCCAGGGCAAAAGGGGGCACUGGGCAGGCAGGAGGCCUGACACAGCCCAAGAAGGAUGAACCCAAAAAGCUGCCCCCCAGAUCGGGUGGCCCUGAACCCAAGCCAGGACACCCUCCCCAGACAAGGCAGGCUGCAACGCGGACUGUGACCCCCAAAGGACAGCUUCCUGGGGGUAAGGCACCCCCAAAGGCAGGUGCUGUCCCCAGCCCCUUCCUGCUGAAGAAGGCCAGGGAGCCUGGGGCCCCUCGAGAGCCCAAGGAGACGUUCCGCCCGCCCCCCAUCACUCCCCACGAGUACAUGCUCUCGCUGUACAGGACGCUGUCCGAUGCUGACAGAAAGGGAGGAAACAGCAGCGUGAAGUUGGAGGCUGGCCUGGCCAACACCAUCACCAGCUUUAUUGACAAAGGGCAAGAUGACCGAGGUCCUGUGGUCAGGAAGCAGAGGUACGUCUUUGACAUUAGUGCCCUGGAGAAGGAUGGGCUGCUAGGGGCCGAGCUGCGGAUCUUGCGGAAGAAGCCCUCGGACACAGCCAAGCCAGCGGCCCCCAGUAGCGGGCGGGCUGCCCAGCUGAAGCUGUCCAGCUGCCCCAGCGGCCGGCAGCCGGCAGCCUUGCUGGAUGUGCGCUCCGUGCCAGGCCUGGACGGAUCUGGCUGGGAGGUGUUUGACAUCUGGAAGCUCUUCCGAAACUUUAAGAACUCGGCCCAGCUGUGCCUGGAGCUGGAGGCCUGGGAACGGGGCCGGGCUGUGGACCUCCGCGGCCUGGGCUUUGACCGGGCUGCCCGUCAGGUUCAUGAGAAGGCCCUGUUCCUGGUGUUUGGCCGUACCAAGAAGCGGGACCUGUUCUUUAAUGAGAUUAAGGCCCGCUCUGGCCAGGAUGAUAAGACUGUGUAUGAGUACCUGUUCAGCCAGCGGCGAAAACGGAGGGCUCCACUGGCCACACGCCAGGGCAAGCGGCCCAGCAAGAACCCCAAGGCCCGCUGCAGUCGAAAGGCACUGCAUGUCAAUUUCAAGGACAUGGGCUGGGAUGACUGGAUCAUUGCCCCUCUUGAGUACGAGGCCUUCCACUGUGAGGGACUAUGUGAGUUCCCCUUGCGCUCUCACCUGGAGCCGACGAACCACGCAGUCAUCCAGACCCUGAUGAACUCCAUGGACCCGGAGUCCACGCCACCUACCUGCUGUGUGCCCACGCGGCUGAGUCCCAUCAGCAUCCUCUUCAUUGACUCCGCCAACAACGUGGUCUAUAAGCAGUAUGAGGACAUGGUUGUGGAGUCUUGUGGCUGCAGGUAG